AUUUACGAGGGCACCCGACUGGUUGGCCCCCUAACAGAACUUUGUGCGUGUGUGGUAGUGGUGCCGGUCACGUGACAGUGCCAACCAACGCCCAUUAACCAACACAGUCACUAAACUGUUUCCUGUCGGGCCGGGUGAACUCGCGGUGUGGAUCAUAUCAUUGGAAAGGGGUUAGGGCUAUACCAUAGAAAGCUAGCUGACUCACUGCUCGAGCACGUAGUGGAUGAGACAUCACUCCAUGAGAAUAAUUAUAUCAGAUUGUAGCCUGACAAAUCCCGCGUGUACACCACUCGUACGGAAAAGAACUUACAGCAGAACAGUCGGUGAAGUAAGAGUGGAGUUUUGGUGCUAGUACAGCUGCAGUGUGAAGACCGGUUUCAGACACUUGUUAGUCUGUGAUUUACUUUUGGCAUACAGCUUUGGGCCACUGCACUCUAGACGAGGACAUUCCAAUCAUGUCGGCAGCUAACGGAACCGUAAGUGGAGGGGAUGUGCUGCAGUUUGACGCCGGGCUGAUCAACGCCUCGUCCAAGAAAUACCUGACGACUGAGCUGGGCACGGUGAAUGUUAACGGGACCUCUCUGAAGAGCAAACAGGUCUGGACCCUGAACCCGGCCACCGCAGACGGCAAGCUCUUCUACCUGUCCAACAAGGUGUCCAAGUCCGGUCUGACCACCGUGUACCGCCUGACCUAUGACAAGUACGGCAAGGUGACGGCGGCGAAGAUGGACGACGAGACCAGCCCGGACCUGAUGCAGAAGUUCAAAGUGGAGCCGCAGGGUGAUGGCAAGUUCGCCAUCAAGGCCGAGACGCUGGACUACCUGAGCGGUUCCGGCGAGCCCACCUGCAAGGCUAAGUCGGUCGGGGAGUCCGAGUCCUGGAGCAUCCAGCUGGCCAUCCACCCUCAGGUCAACAUCUUCAGCGUUCAGCGCCAGCAGUUUGCCCACCUGGACCUGGAGAGAGAACAGAUCCUCUUCAACGAGAACAUCCCCUGGGGUGGGGAUGCCGUCAUUACUCUGAUCUACGAUGCGGCGGCCAGCAAGUACCUCAUCCAGGCUUCCGAUGAUCGCUUCCUGAACGCUGACGGCUCCUUGAGGGCGGCUAAGUCCGAAGAAGCCCUCUUCGCCAUCGAGUUCCACGGUGAGAACCUGGCCUUCAAGAACGGUGGCAAGUACUUAUCGGUGGGCGGUAAAGACGGUGAGCUGAUGACCAGGAAAGGUACCGUGGGCAAGGAGGCACUCUUCAAACUGGAGGACAGCUAUCCACAGGGUGUCUUCUAUAACCUCAGCAACAACAAAAUCGUCUCCAUGAAACAAGAUAUCCACGUUUCAGCCAAUCAGCACGAAGAGACAGACACGGAGACCUUUCAACUGGAAUGUGCCCCGGGCAAGACCAAUGAGUGGGCCGUACGUAGCAGCAACGGUAACUACUGGUCUAUGGAGGCUGGCAAACAAGACAUUCUCAACAACGGCAAAUCUAAGGAUAAGGCCUGCAUUUUCGAGCUGGUCUAUGAAGGGCUUGAGGCCGGCACUCUCGCCCUGCGCGCCAAGGCCAACGGCAAGUUCGUGGGCAUCAAGAGCAGCGGGCCACUGGUGGCCUCGGGCAGCGAGAUCGGCAAGCCCGAGACCUUCCGCUUCAAGCUGAGCAACCGGCCCAACCUGGUGCUGAAGGGGGAGCACGGCUUCAUCGGGCUGCGGAAGAACUUCGAGUGCAACCGGACGACGGUGGACAAUGAGGUCAUUCAGGUGUCGUACGAGAACGACGGUACUUAUAUCUUUAGAGGCCGCGAUCCCAACACAGCAUGGACUGUGGACGGCGAAGGCAACUACACGUUGAGCGAGGGCUCACCGGAGAAGUUCACCUUGGAGUUCAUGAAGAGGUCCCAUUGCCUGAUCCGUGCUUCCAACGGGAAACUAUUGGAGGGAAAACAACACGGUGAGAUGAGAGCAACAGGCACGGAGAUGAAAAAGAGCACUCUAUGGGAGUUCUAAAGAUUUUUUUUCAGUUGACUAAUUAGUUUUUUUUACGGCCACAGAUGUGUACAGAUGACUACAUUGAACCCUUUAAUAGUAAUGCCGCUAUAGAGAUGUUUAUGGGCCAAUAAAGGGGCCAGUCUUUUUUU